GGCAGGACGUUGGUUGGUGUAAAGUGUUCUCUAAGUUCGGUUUCAAGAAGCAGCUGAGCUAAUACUCCCAACAAAAAGCUGCUGUCCUGCCGAGAACCAGAAUGCACAAGCUGUGCUCGGCUGAGAGAAGAGGGAUCAGCGCAGAGCGGGGCUUUGCCUGGCCCUAGAUGCAGGUCAAAUCCUGCUGUAAUGUUAGCCAUUGUUACAAGCAGCUGUGAAGACAGUGCAGCAGACUCUGAAGGAAAGUGGUGAAAGCCCCUUUGCUUGGAGACUGGACAGAGUGCUAGAAAAUACACUAUAGGGAACAGUCAUGCAGUGCUGCGUGGGAGUUAGGCACCAUGGCUCAGACCCUGAAAGGAGCCCAGCUCCCAUGGAAAUCAAUACGAGUUAAGCUCCUAAACACUUUUGAGGACUUUAGGAGCUUCUCAAAACCUGGCUCUUUAGACCCUACAGUGAUGGAUAGGAGUCUUUUUCAUCUCUAAUCUCUGUGGCGCUAGGAUCAAAUAAUACUUUGCACUUGCAUUUCCUUUCAUUGGAGGAGCUCAAAGCAUGUUCCAGAAGUGAAGCAUGGAGAAAAAUGAUUUAGCUGCCGUCAAACCAUGAGUCAGUGACUGAAACCCAGAGUCCUGGCUCCUGGUCCUAUCUCCAGCUCAGGAAGGCAUGGGGGGAGCGCAGUCCCUCAGGCUGCCCCAUGGGAAUGGGCCUCAUCAAGUGGGCUGCACGGAUGUGAUGGUGGGCCCCAACCGGAAGGGGCUUUUCUUCCGGUUGUUUUACCCCUGCCUUCCCCAGGAGGGGGCAGAGCAACCUCUCUGGAUCCCACGCCCUGAGUACUGCGAUGGGCUGGCUGACUACCUCAACCUGAAGUGGUGCACCCCGCUGCUCAAUGUGACUUUCGGGUCCUACAGAGUUCCAGUGAGCUGGAAUGGGCCUUUUAAGCCAUGUGGCAGCAGGUACCCACUGAUCAUAUUCUCCCAUGGCCUGGGAGCCUUUCGAACCGUCUACUCGGCUGUCUGUGCAGAAAUGGCCUCCCGUGGCUUUCUGGUGAUGGCGCUGGAGCACAGAGACCAUUCUGCCUGUGCAACUUACUUUUGCAAGGCAGAGGCUGGGGGGUGCAAUUCCCUGGAGGCUGCGCUGCCGGAGGAAUGGAUCCCGUUUCGAAGGGUCCAAGAAGGGCAGAAGGAAUUUCAUUUUCGAAACCCACAGGUUCAUCAAAGAGCAAACGAGUGUGUGCGAGGGCUCAGGCUGGUGCAGGACAUCAGCAGCGGCAAAGCUGUCACCAAUGUCUUGCACAAAGGAUUUGAUCUGUCUGCACUGAAGGAGAGUGUGGAUUUGACUAAAGUUGCUGUAAUGGGCCACUCUUUCGGAGGAGCGACCGCAAUUCUUGCCCUUUCUAAAGAGGACCAUUUUAGCUGCGCCGUUGCUCUCGAUGCCUGGAUGUUCCCUUUGAAGAACGAUUUCUACCACAAGGUGACCAAGCCGGUGCUUUUUAUCAACACGGAGAAAUUCCAGACCACAGAAAGUGUUGCCAAAAUGAAGAGACUCAGUUCCAGAAACAGGCAGACCAAGAUCAUAACCAUCCUGGGAUCUGUGCAUCUGAGUCAGACUGACUUCACUUUUCUGGCUGGGAAUCUCCUGAACAGACUGUUCCAGACCAGAGGCACCCUGGACCCAUACACAGGCUUGGACAUCACCAACAGGGCGGCGCUUGCUUUCCUGCAGAAACAUCUGAGGCUUGAGGAAGAUUUUGAUCAGUGGAAUAAUCUCCUGGAAGGCAUUGGUGACUCAGUGAUUCCAGAGGCGCCUCUCUGCAUCUCCAGCCUUUAGAGACACUGUCUGCUGGUCCGUCCACAUGGAUGUUAGGCAUCCUACAUACCAGGAAGAUAGUAGCUUCACUUUCAAUCAGCAGUUCCAAUAACUCUGCAAAAGGCACGUGUAAUCAUGCAGCUGCUGAUGGAAUCCAGAGACAUGGAGCCGUCGCUGAGCCAGAAUUCAUGCUGGAACCAGAAGACUAGAGGUCCUGACUGGUCGAGGGUUGGCCAUGGAACCCAGAGGCUGGCCCUUCUCUGGUCUAGAACUCACCAUCGAGAACAGACUGGGGCGCCUGGCUGCUCUAGAACUGAUUUUGGAACCUAGAAAACUGAUGCCUUAUUGGACAGAAGCAGAUGUGGGGUGUGGCUUAGCGGCCCCCCUUUUGACAGAUCCCAAACUUUUCUCUCUGCCCCUUCAAAUCCCUCCUCUAAAUACAUUUCUUUCCAAAAGUCUUUCACACAUGAGACCUGCAUUGGUCCUCUUUGACUCCUACCAACACCCCAUGCACUUUGUAUGGCUGCACUUUGUUGUCUACACCUGAACCUACAUUGCACUAGUUUCAGACAGCGGAGGGAAAAUUUCUCUUCUUGUGUUAAACCCUCAGAAGCCCCUCCUGUGAAUUACCUGAGGUAUUAAUGCUGCUGUAGUAAUUAUGUCAGUCAAAAGGAUAUCGUCUGUAAAAUGGUGCAUUUAUUAGAAACUGUAUUUUCUUCUCUCUUAAAUGUGCAUUAAAUGAAGAUGGAGAACAUUGUUCAUAACACGUA